UAUAUGUAGAGGAGUUCAGCGGAUAUAGAUCAUUUGUCACCAUGAAACUGCGCUUCUUGCGUACGGCGUGCACAGCCUAAAGUUGGAGGACAACUUGUUCUAUUUGAUAUUAUUUGAUUGUGCACACCGGGUUGAUUGCAUUUGUCGAAACAGGGCGGACCAGGUGAAGGUUGCAAUCCCUCACCCCAUCAAACUGCCGAGAGCAAUUGUCUCUUCAGUGCAUGUGAGGCACAGCUAUCCUCAAGCCACGCGUUUAUUCCUCAGCUGGAGUAUUGAGGAACUGAGCUUCACAAACCUGGCAGAGAUCGACUGGUGAUCUGGGCGUUGCCUUGGGACCAGCUCUGCCAAAGCACCCAACGUUGUGGGCGACCAACUGAAACAUGGGCAACUUGGGACGAGCCCCCUCCAGCGGGAACUGCACCGACGAGGCCCAUUUCCAGUACCAGUUGUUCCCCGCGGUCUACACCAUCGUGUUUGUCCUGGGCUUGACCGGAAAUGUCUCGGCCCUCUGCAUUUUUAUAAAGAAAACUAAAAAAGCCUCCCCAUCCUUCAUCUACAUUGCAAACCUGAUCGUGGUGGACAUCAUUUAUAUUUGCACCUUGCCCUUCAGAAUCCAUUACCACAUGAAGCACAACAACUGGGUAUUUGGGGACGUGACCUGCAGGAUCACAGGCACUUUGUAUUACGCCAACGUUUACCUCAGCGUUACUUUCCUCAGCCUGAUUUGCUUGGACCGCUACAUUGCGGUGGUCUACCCUCGCAAGUACCUCCGGGUGAGGGGGUCAAGGGUCCCGCGGGUGGUGGCGGCGCUGGUCUGGCUGCUGGCCUUGGCCAUCAUGCUGCCGCUGGUCACCGGCGGCACGCUCAACAACGCCGGCACCGGCAACUCCACCGCUUGCUUCGAGAACUUUGACGCCAAGGCUUGGAGCGAGUGGAUGGCGGCCUACAACAUCAUAGCGUUCUUCUUCGGCUUCUUCAUCCCCUUCACAAUCAUCAUUAUAUUCUACCCGCUGGCCGCCAGGAAAAUCGCCCGGCUGAAGAGCAGCGUUCACAGGGACAAGGCUCUGAGAAUGAUCUGGGCCAUUAUGGUCAUCUCCAUUCUCUGCCUCGUCCCGUAUCACGUCACCCACGUCUUCUACGUGUUUGGCCGUUUGGAAGUCAUCGAGGACUGUGCUUUCCGCAGCUUCCUCUACAAGAGCCGGCGUGUCACCAUGGCCUUAGUCAGCCUCACCUGCUGCCUCGACCCUCUCAUAUACUUCUUUGCAACCAACAAGUUCAGGCCAAAGUACAGCACAAAGAGGAGAUCGCAGAAGGUUUACACCGUGGCCCUGCGCUAGACUGAGAGCUGUAACUAAGAGAUGUGACCAAAGGCCUUCCCUCCAUUGACGAACUGUACACUGCAAGGGCCAGGAAGUGUGCGGGUAAGCUCAUCUCUCUCACCCUGACCACAAACUUUGAAUCACUUCCCUCUGAAAGGCAACUCCGGAUUGUCAAAGCUGCCACAGCCAGACAUAAAUGCAGCUUUUUUCCACGAGUAGUAGCUCUACUCAAUAACCAAAAAUCUAACUGCCUUUUGCUCUGGUAUUUUGUUUGGUUCACAUGUUUGACCAAUGGUGUUUUAUUAUUAAUGUUUAGUGUUCUAUGUGUCAUUCGUAACUGUCACUGAGUCUCAUGUUGUCACUUGUGGGCGGAGCACCAAGGCAAAUUCCUUGUAUGUGAAUACCUUACUUGGCCAAUAAACUUAUUCAUUCAAAUUUUUUUUUCUUUUUUUUUUUCUUUUUUGUUUUGUAUGGAUUUAUUGACAUUUGAUCUGUUCAAUUAAUUUAAUCAAUCUCUGUAAAGCACUUUGGUUCAAAUACUGGUUUUGUUGAAAAGUGCUAAAUAAAUAAAGAUUAUUAUUAUUAUUAUUAUUAUUCAUUCAACUUGGGUUCAUAUGUUAAUGGAGCAGAGUUAGGCCAUUCAGCACAUCAAGUCUACUCCUCCAUUCAUUCAUGGCUGAUCUAUCUUUCCCUCUCAACCCCAUUCUCCUGCCUUCUCCCAGUCACUCCCGAGACCCAUACCAAUCAACAAUCUGUCAACCUCCGCCUUAAAAAUAUCCAUUGACUUGGCCUCCACAGCCACAAUUAAUCCCACAGAUUCACCACCCUCUGCCUAAAGAAAUUCCUUCUUAUCUCCUUUAGUUUAGUUUGGUUUAGAGAUACAGCGUGGGAACAGGCCCUUCAGCCCACUGAGUCCACACUGACCAGCGAUCCCUGCACACUAACACUAUCCUACACACACUAGGAGCAAUUUUACAUUCAUACCAAUGAACCUACAAACCUGUACAUCUUUGGAGUGUGGGGGAAAAAAAACGAAGAUCUCUGAGAAAACCCACGCAGGUCACGGGGAGAACAUAAAUCUCCGAACAGACAGAGCCCACAGUUGGGAUCCAACCCGAGUCUCUGGCGCUGUGAGGCAGCAACUCUACGGCUGUCUUUGAAACAAGUUUUAGUCAGUAAUGUG